CAAACACCACAGAUACUGGCUGAUCUGCCUUUUCACUUUUCUUUUACCCUUUGAGUGCCGAACCUGAAGGAUCCUUCAAUGGGCAGCUGUUCUCCCUAGAGCUGUGGGAAGACGGUCAGGGAAAGUCUAACCAAGGGUGAUCCUAGUCCAGCUCCAUGGCCCAGGGGGGCCAGCAGAUGGCAGAUGGAGACCAUAAUCUCAACUGCAGGGACCAGAACCCAGAAGACCAGAAUCCAGAGGAGCAGUUUUUCUAUGAGUUCAUUUUUAAGCUCUUCAAGGAAAAUAAGGUGGAGAUUGCAAAAGCAAUAACGAAGCCAUUUCCUUUUCUUAUGAGCCUCCGAGACCGUGGUUUUAUCCCUGAAUCAAAGUAUAAUCAUUUUCAAGAAGCUUGUAUAAAUCUGGUCCCCAUGGAGAGAGUGGCAUAUAAUGUCCUCAAUGAACUGGAGAAGAAAUUUGACCUGACAGUUCUGAAUGCCUUAUUCAGCACAGUUAACCUGAAGACUUAUACUGAUUUACCUGAGAUUUACAGAAGCUUCCAAAAUGAGCUUCAUGAUCAAUUCUAUUACCAAGCUAUUGAUGAUGAAGAAACAACAGAGAUGCUCAACUGCCAACCAAACUGUGAACAAGGUCAAGCCCUACCUGGAGCUAGAAUCUCAGAGUAUCUCAGUGAUGGACAGCAAAUGAGUAUAAAGCAAGAAGAUUCAUCUCAUGACCUAAGUAGAUCAAUACAAACACAGGAAAUGACAAAUGAAUCCUCCCAAGGAUCUCAACAAAUAGAUGCCAGUGGGAUUUCAAUCCUUUCUGAAGAGAAUAGCAAGACCUGUUGUAUAACCUGUGAUGGAGAAGAGCCCCAGAAAACUUUGAGCUCCCCACAGAGACAUGAACCAGUUUCCUGUGAGCAUGAAGCUCUCCAAAGGACUAGUGGAGGUGAUUCUGAAGUGAUGCCAAAACUGCUUCCAGUUCACGGGAGAGUGCCCUUGGAACUUAUUGAUCUACAAAUGAAUGAAGGAGGAGAAAUAGAAGCAAUGCCCAAGCUACUGCCUUAUGAUGGAGAUGUGACCUGUGAUCUCAAAGCUUCAGAAAUGACUAAUGAAGGAGAAGUACAGAAGGUGCUCAGCUUACAGCCUGCUGAUGGAGAAGAGGACACCAAUGCCUCUUGGGAGCCCUGUGAUGGAGAAGAGCUCGAGGAAGACUUGCACUCCCCACCCAGAUAUGAACCAGAGGACAGCAAUGCCUCUUUGGAGCCUUGUGAGGGAGAAAAGCUGGAGAAAUACUUGAGCUCCCCACCAAGAUGUGAACCAGUAUCUGGUGAACUAGAAGCUUCCCAAAUGGAUAGAGAAGGAGAAUCUGAAGAACUUACCUCUGGCCCACUACCCUGUAAUGGACAAGGAGCAGAGCUGCCAACACAUGCAAAUGAGAGGUGUUCCUGUGUUAUGUGCUUCAUAAAUUAUGAUUUGGGUCCAGAAUCAGAGCAACCAGCACAUAAAAAUAAUACUGUGGAUCUUGGGAACAACUCUACUUUGAGAAAAUUCAAGAGGAAAAGAAAAAAAAAGAUAGGGUAUUCCUGGACAAGAAUGAAAAGGAAAUGGCCAAGAAAUAUAUAUGGAAAAGGGUCAAGAAGGCACAGGGGUAAUAGUGUGGAUUUUUGCUCUGAAAUCCUUCCUGUGACCUGUGGUGCAGUGAAGGGGAUGUUACAUAAGAAGAAAUUGAAACAAGGAUCCAUCAUGAAGUGCAUACAGGGUGAAGAUGGAAAUUGGUUCACUCCCAGAGAAUUUGAAGUCAAAGGAGGCCGUGCAGGAUGGAAGAACUGGAAGAACAGCCUUUGCUGUGAUGGAAGAACCCUAAAAUGGCUGAUGGAGAAAGGAUUUCUACGUAAUCCCCCAAAAAUAUACAAAGGGAGAAAAAAGCGGAGAACAUCGCAGUCUCUUGACAAUACCUUAGUUGACCCAUAUCUAGGAAAUUCAGACAUAUGUGAGAUCUGCCGGUAUGGAGGAAAGCUAUUCUGCUGUGAUACUUGUUCAAGAUCCUUUCAUGAGGACUGUCACCUCCCAUCUGUGGACACUGAGAGGAGCCCGUGGAGUUGCAUCUUCUGCAGGAUAAAGGAGUAUUCAAGAAGUCAGCAGUCUCUCAGGGAAUCUGAGGUCCUGGCAAGGCAGAUGGGCCCUGAGGAGCAGCUGAAAUGUGAGUUCCUCCUCUUGAAAGUCUAUUGCGAUUCAGAGAGCACAUUUUUUUCGAAGAUUCCAUAUUAUUAUUACAUUAAAGAGACUUCUCAACAUCUAAAGGAACCCAUGUGGUUGGACAAGAUCAAGAAGAGACUAAGUAAGCUGGGUUACCCCCAAGUGGAAGGGUUUGUGAAGGACAUGCGCCUCAUCUUUCAGAACCACAGGGCAUCUUACAAGUACAAUGACUUUGGCCUAAUGGGACUUAGACUGGAGGCAGAAUUUGAGAAGAAUUUCAAGGAAGUGUUUGCUAUUCAGGAAACAAAUGAGAACAGUUCACCAGUGGAUACUGUUGGGACCCUGGAAAAUCCCCUCAUCCUGUAAGUGCUAUGAAGGUUGGCUGCCAAUCCAUCUCUCCUCAGAGUAAUAUUACAUUGAGUCCAAUCAAUUGAGCCAGCAUUGCAUGGAGGUUAUAUUUGUGGAAGAGGAGUACCUGAAGUACCAUGAAGAAAAGACUUUCCUGAGGCCCCCAUGGGAGGAUGGGAUUUCAUGGAAAACUUUUUUGAUGAUGUAAAAUUAAGGAGGUUUCCCUCCAAGGUUCCAUCUUCAUCUGUCUCACCAUGCAAGAAGUCCAAUCUUGCCUUCAGUAUGGCUAGAAUUAAGGCCAGUGCCCAUAAUUUCUGUAUCAUAUUAAAAUACAGGCUAGUCCAUUCCAGCAUCUGGCUAGCUUUGCUUGUGUUCUCAGCUUCAGUCCAGGGGUCUUCAUGGCCCUUCGCCAUGUGGCUGCUUAAGGCCGCUUGGCUAUGGAGAGAAAACAGACAGUUUCACGGGCAAGUGUGGGACAAGGAGCAAGAGAGA